UUCAACAUCAGCAUUACCUAAAGCCGAGGAGGAGGAGAGGUGGCUGGCUAAACAGAGAAGCAGAAACCACGAUGUCAGGGAAGAAGGCGAGGAGGAGGCGAGUGAGGAAAAGAUGGAAGAGAGAGUAGAUGAUGAUGUGAGUGUCCUGCAGCACACUACAUCAGUGGAUUGAGGGGCAUCAUGCCACGGCCUACAUCUGAAAUGACACAACUGGUUGGGUGUGUGAGUGGUUAAGUUAAUAUCUUGUGUUAGUUUGUACGGUGUGUGUGUAGGCCUUAUCAUGUUUAACCAAGCUGGACAUAGUUUUAAAUUUACAGUUUGUGCUUUGUUUGCAUUAUGUUGGGCAAAUAAAACCCUCUUUCUGAAAAUCUACCUGUGGCUCCUCAUGCCUGCAAAAUUGGUCGCUCACAUUUAGAUUUUGGUUUGGUGUAGUACAGCUAACUCAUUUGUCUUAGUUUAGUUUAGUACAUCUUGUCCUAUACCCCCCCUUUUCCACUGGCCAAAAAAAACACUGACAUCCACUAACAUCUGGCUAUGGUCAGCAGUGAGAAAAGUUACGAUCUGCAGUUAGUUAGUUUAGUUUAGUACAUGUUCAAUACAAAUGCGCUUUACACGUCAAUGGUGUGUUCAGUUUAAAUGAAAAACACCUUUUUAACUUUUAAAAACUGAUCACUGAUUUGUGAAUUAGCGAGGGAACCUGGGAAGAAGCUCAAUGGAAAAACAUACUUAUUAGCAGCCAGUGUUUAACAUCCCUUUGGAGGCAAUUAAGAAGUGCUUCAUAAUGAGAGUAAGACCAUACCUGACUUGUGGACAAUACCUGGAGAAUAGGCUAUAUGACCUUGCUGUAUAGUAAUGAAACAAGUGUAAACACAUCGUCAAUAUUGUUGGCUGAUUGGUUAAAAAAAUGACAGGAACAUUAUAAAAGCAGCACGAAGGUGAAUCUAAGAUUGUGCAACAUUGCACUGCAUAUUCUGGAUUACUCAGAUGCUUUUAAAUAUGAAUUUAUCUGAAAUUACAUAUUUUUAUCUAUCUGAUUACAAUGGAAUGGAGGGCUUUAAGCCAUUGUACUUCUGCAUCUUUUUGAUUAUAUACAUGACUAUUGUUGCUGAAAAUGUUGUGUUAAUAGGACUGGUCUAUUCUGAAAAAACCCUGCAUGAACCAAUGUAUUUUUUGCUGUGUAACUUGGCUGUGAAUGGCCUGUAUGGAAGCACUGCCUUACUGCCAGCCGUACUGAGCAACCUGCUGUCACACUCAUAUGAGAUAUCUUUACCAUUUUGUCAGACACAGAUCUAUGCCUUACACACAUAUACCAUCACUGAAUUCACAAUUCUAGCAGCUAUGAGUUAUGAUAGGUAUGUGGCCAUUUGCUAUCCACUGCUUUAUCAUUCAAUCAUGUCACAGAGAGUUGUUAAAAUUAUUGCUUUUACGUGGCUGUACCCCUUGCUGGCAUUUGUCAUUGUUUUAAUUUUCACUCUUCGACUGCGGUUUUGUGGGAGAACCAUAGAUAAGGUGUAUUGUAUGAAUUACUCACUGGUGAAACUUGCCUGUACAGAUACAUCUAUUGUUAACAUAGUUGGCCUGCUAUCUGUAGUUCUAUAUUCACUUCCACAGAUCAUCAUGAUCUGUUAUUCAUAUGCACACAUCCUGAGGAUAUGUGUACUGUCAUUCAGUAAAUCCAAGCUCAAAGCCCUCCGGACUUGCACCCCACACCUGAUUGCAAUAACGAACUACUCUAUCGGGUGCUUUUUUGAAAUAGCACAAAGUCGCUUCAACAUUAGUCACCUGCCUUACCAAAGCAAGUUGUUUUUAUCGCUGUACUUUUUGAUAUUCCCAUCCAUUCUAAAUCCUGUAAUCUACGGUUUGAGUAUUCAAAUCAUAAGGACACGACUGUUUAGGCUUUUUCGCAGAAAAAGCGGGCAAGUGACAAAUAAUGUAGCCAAGAGGGCUGUUGUUAUGGUGCAUUCAAAGUGUGUUCUGCAUGGUGCUGGGAGGACUGAUGCCUCUGGAAACACAUGACCAACAGAAUCUCCUGUCUCUCCAUGUUGUUUUAUCAAAUUUGCUCAUCUCAUUUUCUAAAACAAAACCAAAGAGAAAAACAUUUUUAUUUUAUCAGUUAUGCCAGGUGGGAUUAUUGGAGUAUUAGUAGACUGAAGCUCAGGGUUUGUGCACAUAAUGUAAUGAGAUUUAGUCAGUUUGUCUGGGAUUCCUGUGAUUGUAAAACAGGAAUGCUGUGAAGACAUAUGUCUCAGCAUUCAGUUUAUUCUAUUUGGUUUGCUGAAAUGAAUAUACCACUGGAACUUUAAAGCACACCUUUGUCUUUCAUGCAUUGUUCUUCCUGCUCUAA